AUUCCCAUCCAAUGCGCGUAAAAAAAAUCUAUACAAAUUACAACAAUUGUGGCGGUGUGGUUCUGAAAUAGCGAGAGAGAGAGAGAAAGAGGGGCUCUUCUGAGCAAACUGAUACAACUCCACAGCUCAGCACAUGCUUCUCAUCUCCUCCUCCUUCUCUCUCUAGCCAUUCAACAUUACUCUCUCUCUCUCUCUCUCUCUAUAUAUAUAUCGACACAAAUACUUAUACGCAUAUAUACAUACAUAUAGAUACCAGCGGAGAUUUUAGCAAAUAGCAAUGGAAUCACCAGAUACUCGCUACGCUUCGUCUCCGGAGGCCUCGCCGAAGCAAUCUUCGACUCGCAACUCUCCGACUCGAGGUCUGUCACAAUUGUCAUUUUCAGAAACUACAGAGAAGAACGCAUACAUUAGGUUCCUUGUAUCUAAUGCUGAAGCUGGUUCAGUUAUUGGGAAGGGUGGCUCAACAAUUAAUGAUUUUCAGUCCCAGUCUGGAGCACGGAUUCAGUUGUCACGCAAUCAUGAAUUUUUUCCAGGAACAACUGAUAGGAUCAUUAUGGUAUCUGGAUCACAUAAUGAGAUACUCAAUGCAAUGGAUCUUAUUCUUGCUAAAUUUUUAAAUGAGUUUUAUGUUGAUGAUGGUGAUGAUGUUGACCCAAGAUCAAAACUUAAACUAAUAGUACCAAAUAGCUCCUGCGGUGGAAUAAUUGGGAAGGGUGGCUCCACCAUAAAAUCGUUUAUUGAGGACUCUCAAGCUGGAAUUAAGAUAUCCCCUCAGGAUAGCAAUUACCUUGGGUUGAAUGAUAGGCUAGUAACACUAACUGGUACUGUAGAGGAACAGAUGCGGGCUAUUGAUUUGAUUUUAUCGAAAUUGGCAGAGGAUCCUCAUUAUGCACAGUCCUUUAGUGUCCCAUUUCCAUAUGCAGGUGUUUUAUUUGCUGGUUUUCAUGGUAUUCCAUAUUCAUCUGUGAUUCCUUUUGCUGGAACAGCGGCAUACAAUGGAAUGAACUACGGGCCGAAUGGAGCCGGAGGAAAGUUACAGAAUGACAAGGGAGAUCAGAGUAACUCGGUGACUCUUGGUGUUGCAGAUGAGCAUAUUGGGGUGGUUGUUGGCCGUGGUGGAAGAAACUUGAUAGAAGUCAGUCAGGCUAGUGGGGCUAGGAUCAAGAUAUCAGAUAGAGGGGAUUAUAUGUCCGGGACAUCUGAUAGGAAAGUGACUAUCACAGGGUCACAAAGAGCAAUCCGUGUGGCUGAGGCCAUGAUAUCCCACAAAGUAGCAUCUGCUUCUGCCGCAGCUUCUGCUAUUGCUUCUGAGGAUUGAUGGGAGUAAUUGGUCUAGUUUUCUCAUCCAUUCUUCAGAAAUUUGUCAGUAAACUGAUAUGCCUUCAAAUUUCUAUAUCCCUUUUGUGGGUUUUUUUUUUGGGGCACAUGGUAGAUUAGUGAAAAUUGAAUCUCUGGCGAGAGACCAAAGACCCAAAAGUUUUUGUUGAAGACUUUAACAGAUUAUAAGAAAUAUUUCUCAAGAGUGCAAAAUGACCUUUAGUUAUUA